UCACACAAAGAAAGCACACACAAACACCCACACACAUACUAAUUGGCCACCAAAUGACGAAUGGCAACAAAGUUCGGCCCACUGCCAAGCGCCCACUUGAGCAGAACGAAAAGAGACAAACGAUCCUGUCGCUUUCCAGCCAAGUGCGGAGUUCGGCAUCCGAGGGAGACGGCCUGAAUCUGACCGAUCUGAUCAACAGAUUGAAGAAUUUCCGAAAAAACAAACAGCCACGCGUGAACAUGCUCGAGGACGAGCUGUACAAGCUGACGAGCACGGCACGAGAGGUAUUCCUGGAUGGACCAAUGCUUCUGAAGGUCGAGGCUCCGGUGCGCGUUGUGGGCGAUAUUCACGGACAGUUUGUGGAUCUGUUGCGCAUCUUCGAUCAUAUUGGUUAUCCGCCAUUGGUCAACUAUUUGUUCCUCGGGGACUAUGUGGACAGGGGCCAGAACUCGAUUGAGACCAUCACCCUGCUGCUGGCACUGCGGGUCAAGUAUCCGGAGAAUGUCUUCCUGCUGCGAGGCAACCACGAGUCGCCAUCGGUGAACCGGGUCUACGGAUUCUUCGACGAGUGCAAGCGACGCUUCACGAUCAAGCUGUGGAGGAGCUUCGUCGACUGCUACUGCUGCAUGCCCGUGGCGGCGAUCAUCUCAAAGCGGAUCUUCUGCUGCCACGGCGGGUUGAGUCCGCAGCUCAAGGACAUGAGCAACAUCAGGUCCAUACCACGGCCCUGCGAUGUGCCCGACCAGGGACUGCUCUGCGAUCUGCUGUGGAGCGAUCCGGAUCGCUAUGGUUUUGGAUGGUCGCCCAGUGAUCGGGGUGUGAGCUUCCUCUAUGGCCGGGACGUGCUCGAGCGGUUCCUGCAGAAGUACGACUUUGAUCUGCUCUGUCGCGCCCAUCAGGUGGUCGAGGAUGGCUAUGAGUUUUUCGCAAAGCGGCAGCUGGUCACCAUCUUCUCGGCGCCCAACUACUGUGGGCAGUAUGACAAUGCGGGCGCCUCGAUGGGGGUGGACAAGGAUCUGAUGAUUUCGUUCGAUGUGCAGCGCCCCAGUUCGGGUCGCAAGGUUCUAUUAAAGACUGUGAUUGCCUCGGCCAUCAAGUGACUUUGUCUCAGGCCGGGGCAGGCU